AAAUGCAUAAGUUCCAAUUUUCGUCGAAAAGGGUAGAGCCAUACCAAAUUUUCUCUGGCCAAGUUUUUUACGCAGUUUAUAAAAAUGCAGAUUUUUUACGACACAGUGAAAAUAUAGAUGCUAUAUUAGUAAAAGGCUUCGAAUUGCGUUCUUCACUAAAAGAUAUAGCCCCGGGUAAAGUAGUCAAAAUCGAUGGAAUGGUUCUUGAAGAAAACAGACCACUACUCUUGAAAAAGACUGGACCAGAGGUAGUCAUUGAAAAUUUUGAAUUCACAUAUAACAGACUCAGUGGGUUGGUAGCAGCCUACGCCUUUGAUAAUCGUUCAAAGUUCCCAAGCCUUGCAUCUAGUGAAGCAAUUGCUUUAGGACUUACAUGGAAUAAUAAAAACAAAAUGAUAUGUCGUCUUUUCUUAUCAUCUGUUACUGGGUCAGAGCAUUUUUAUGAGCAAUUUGGAUAUUAUCCACUAUUGUGUGCAUUACGAAAACUCCAACUGAAGAAAAUAACCCUAGAGCCAGUUGUUAAAAUGGCAAAAAAAAAGAGCCCACAGAAUGUGCAAAUGGGUAAAGAAUUUAUGAAAAAUCUUCCUGAAGUAACAAAAAUUUGGCAUUAUUUUCCUGGUGCUAAGGCUCAAGAUUUGAAUAGUCUGCUUGAAUCAGCUCCACCUAUACUGAAAAACACAUUAGCAAUAAAUUGAACAUAUAUUAAAAUCAUUUUGGGAAAGAUU